GGAACCUCUCCCAUCAUGUCAAACCAAACACCCUGCAUCACCGUCAACGAGACGACCAAGACCUUCUCCCUAACCUCCCCCGGCGUCUCCUACAUAUUCCACGCCGACCCUUCCGGCGAGCUCAUCCACGAUCAUUUCGGUCCCCCUAUCACCUCCCACCUCCCUCCCGAUAUCGGAGGCCCGGAUGGAGGUUGGGGUUCUUACUUAACCCGCGUUCCCCGAGAACUACCUGAUUCCGGGCGGGGUGAUUUCAGGCUCCCAGCUAUUAGGAUCAGGAAACGUACUGGGAACACGGUAUUGAGGCUAGAAUACGUCUCUUACGAGAUCAUCCCCGGUAAACCGAAACUCCCCGGCUUGCCUGCGACAUUCGGAGAAGAAUCCGACGUGUCCACCUUGGUCAUCCACCUCACCGACCCGGUCUCCCUUAUCUCCGUGUACGUCUCCUAUUCCAUCUUCCCUCGCUACGACGCUAUCGCCAGGUCUCUCCGCAUUGUGAAUAACGGGGAUGAAGAGGUGGUCGUCGAGCAAGCAGCUAGUUUCUGUGUGGAUAUGCCGAGUGGGGAAUGGGAGAUGUUACAGUUGAGCGGGGAUUGGGCUAGGGAGGCUAGGGUCGUCAAGCGGCCCGUCGUUCUCGGUACACAAGGCUUCCAAAGCCUAACCGGCUACUCUUCCCACCUACACAACCCCUUCCUCGUCCUAACCUCCCCCCGCACGACCGAGACUCAUGGUCAAACUUACGGUUUCUCCCUAAUCUACUCUGGCUCGCACUCGUUUCAAGUAGAAAAAGGCUCUGUCGGCCUUACCCGAGUCUUAGCGGGUAUGCACCCUGACCACCUCUCUUGGCCCCUUAGUCCGAAGGGUGGGGAAUUUACUACGCCGGAAUGCGUGGCGGUAUUUUCUGCUGAGGGGUUAGGGGGGAUGAGUAGGAAGUACCAUUCGCUCUACCGGGGACAUUUGUGUAAAUCCCGUUGGGUGGACCGACCUCGUCCGGCGUUGAUCAACAACUGGGAAGCCACCUACUUUGAUAUGAACCAACAAAACCUCGCCUUGAUCGCCAAGAGGGGUAGCGAGCUGGGCGUAGGGUUGUUCGUCAUGGACGACGGAUGGUUCGGAGUGAAACACCCUAGAUUGUCGGAUAAUGCCGGGUUGGGGGAUUGGGUCGUUAAUCCGGAGAGGUUUCCUGAUGGGUUGGGAGAUUUUGUGACGAGGGUUACCGGGUUUGAGGUCAAGAAGCUCGAUAAUAAAGAGGACAACACAGAGGAUAAGACGACGACAAAGAUGAAGUUCGGGAUCUGGGUCGAACCGGAGAUGGUCAACCCCGCCUCGGAGCUGUUCGAAACCCACCCCGAAUGGGUGCUUCAAGCCGAAGGUUAUCCAUUGACAGAAGCGCGGAACCAGCUCGUCCUCGACCUCUCUCAAUCCGCUGUCCAAGAUUACAUUAUCGACAAGUUGACCGAUAUCCUAAACAGCGCGGACAUUUCGUAUGUCAAGUGGGACAACAAUCGGGGGAUGCACGAACUUCCCUCGCCCUCGGUGCCGCAUGCGUACAUGUUAGGGCUCUACCGGGUGCUGGGGACUUUGACUACACGGUUCCCCGAGGUCUUAUGGGAAGGUUGUGCGUCGGGCGGAGGAAGAUUCGACCCGGGCUUGUACCACUAUUGGGCUCAAUCCUGGACCUCGGAUAACACGGACGCCAUCGACCGUCUCUUCAUCCAAUUCGGAACCAGCCUGGUCUACCCUCCUUCAUCUAUGGGAGCCCACGUCUCCGCCGUCCCGAAUCACCAGACCGGCCGUACGACCCCCUUGGAAUUCCGAGCGCACGUAGCGCUCAUGGGAGGGUCCUUCGGGUUCGAACUUGACCUCAACAAACUACCCGAGGAAGAACAAGCCCAGAUCCCCCGACUCGUCGCAUUGAGCGAAAAGGUCAACCCGCUCGUCAUCACCGGAGACCUCUACCGACUUGAACGGCCUGACGAAUCCAAUUGGCCCACGGCGAUGUUCGUCUCCCCUGACAAGGCCAAAAGCUCGGCCGUUGUGCUGGCUUAUCGGAUGCAGAGUAUCAUCAACUGGCACAGCCCUCCCGUUAGGUUACAAGGGCUCGACCCGGAAGCGACGUACGAGCUGGAAGAAGAGGGACAAGAGGCGGUAGAGUAUACCGGUCGGACGUUGAUGAACGCGGGUCUGCGCUUGGCUCUCAAGGGGGAUUAUCAGAGCAGGGUCAUCUUUCUUCGCCGAAAGUAGGCGUCGACGAUUCAAGUCGACGGGUAGUGAGGGAUUUGGAACAAAGGUUGUAUGCUCAGACAAGCGUGGGGAUUUGAACAAAGAUUGUAGAACGAACGUGGGAACAAUGGGGAAAUCGAAUACUGUACUCUACGAAUAUCCACCGUUUCUUU